AUGUUCCCAAAAUUCGCCAGAGGUGGAGCUUUAGGUGGAGCAAUCCGACAUGUGGAAUUGGGACUUGUGAAACUUGGCGUGCCGGGUCCAAGGAAAGAGCUCAAGCCUCCGGCCGCGUUAGCGGUGCCGAGGAUUGGAAGCUCCGUAAGUUCUCAGCCAGGCCUACUCCAACCAGCAUCGAUUCAUCUCAAGGCCAUCUCAUCGGAUGGCUUCUCCAGGACGAUCAAGGGGGACCACCUCGGCCCAGACACGGUCUCCCACUUGUGA